GAAACAUGGCGGACAAAAAGCCAAAAAAUGUUCCAAGUCCGGCUGCAUUUACUCCACCAAAAUGGGCGGGAAAACCUUCGGCUGGAUUACAUUUGGACGUAACGAAGAAUGGUAGCGUUGUUGAGAAGCUGAUUAUUGAUCAAAAACCUUUCUAUCUGUUUGGAAGAAAUAAAGAUUCCUGUGAUUUUCCAUUGGAUCACACCUCAUGUUCAAGGGUUCAUUCUGCUUUAGUCUUUCAUAAACAUUUAAACAGACCAUUCCUUAUUGAUCUAAAAAGCACUCAUGGAACAUUCAUUGGUCAUAUUCGUCUUGAAAGUGAUAAGCCAACUCAACUUCCUGUUGAAAGUGUCAUUCACUUUGGCGCAUCAACACGGACGUACACGUUACGAGAAAAACCUACAUUACCAAGCGCUAUGCAAGCGACAAUGCAUGGUAAUAGCGAACAAAAUGUGGAUAAAGAGGAUAAUGAGGAUAAUGAAGGUUCAACUGGGGGAUUUUUAGGAUUGCCGGAGUCCGAUACAGAUCUUAAGGAUUUGACAGAUUUUAACACGGCGCAUAAUAAAAGACUAUCGUCUAUUGCAAUUGAAGAAUCCGGAACUGCGCUGCCGAAAUUAAAAAGACGACGCGUUUCCACUGGUAUAUCAUUUAAGGAUGGUUAUGAAAUCAUAAAUCCAGAAGACGUUGAUCCAUCAGUUGGUAAAUUUCGUAAUAUGAUUCAAACAAGUAUUGUGCAGGUUAAGGAACCAAGGCAUGCAUCAAAAAUUGGCAGUAUGACAGAAAGUAUCACAAAGAGAAUGAACAGUUUCGCUUAUCAGGAAGAAUUAUACACAGACCUUCCAGCUCUUGACGGCCAUGAACAUGAUACCGCGUUACAUUCAGUACAGAGUGGAAGUAGAGUAACUGCUGCGCCGGACGUUGAGGGACCCGAGUAUACUGAUGUGGAUAGAACUGUACAUGAAAACACGUUUGCACCGUCUAUGCCGCAAGAGGCGCCGAAGAAGAAAUACGCAAAGGAGGCAUGGCCUGGCAAAAAACACGGCUCGUCGCUUUUGAUGUGAAAUGUACCCUAAAAUUAUCGCUGGCAAAUCGAUAUUUGCGCAUUUGCAGGGAUAGUCUCAUAAAUGCGUGCAAUUCCUAAAUCCAUACCAAGCCAAUGUGCUCCGUCUACCAACCUUUGUAUAUUAAAACUUUCCAUGGUCAUAUUGUAUAGAGCGGUACGCCACAUUUUGCCGUUUACGCUGUAGUAAAGCCCUGGAAACUGUAUCUUCGUUGCAUCGUGGUCAAUCGUCAUACGCAUGCGCGAUAGCAUUAGUCACGCACAGUGAACUCGAAUAAAACUGGAAUGAUAACUCCAAAUAAUGUCCAGUCAAUUGGUGAAACCGAGUUGAAUAUAAAAUGCCCGUUAAAGCGGGAGCCGCCCGAGCAAAACAGGCUUUCAAAAGACGCAAGGAAUUUACCCGUUCUAGAUAGACGUUCUAAAUAGGUUUGCACCAUUUCACAUUCAUAAAACAUGUUUUUUGGAAAAAUCUAAGUGUCAAUGUUUAAUUGUUUUAAGCUUUUAUUCAUGCUGAGAUGAGAUGGGCUUCGGCGUUGUUUUGGUCUUGUAAUCUCAACUCUUCGCCUUCACUGCGGCCUUCUUACAAUUUGGCUUCAAAGACGGCGGCCAAGUUGUCGUUCCAGUCUUUUUAGAGUUCAUUGAUCACGCAUGCCCUGGCGUUUGACUGCAUUUUUUUAACUGGAUAGCUAAAUUGACGUGCAAUGCCUUUCUCGUGCUUUCGGCUGCGCAGCUUGCAAAGAGUGGGUUUUUUAACUGUUAUAAAUACGAGAUUUUAUGAGGUCAUUUUAUUAGCUCUAGCUUAUUAAGGUGGUGUUAUACAAAAAAAUAAUUUUAUUUUGAAAAGUAUAAGAAUCUGUUCAUGCUAUAUUGCAAGCUAAGUUGUUUUGAGUGAAAAAAAACUUGUAAGUGACUUCAAUCACUAUAGUUACCCAGACCAGACACACUCAACUAGAAUAAAUAAAUCUUUUCCAGUGUUAAACGUUUUACAGGAUAUAAAUAUAAAAUUUCUACGAUCUGCCUCAAAAUAAACCCUCGUUAUUUUACUUUGACUGAACGAAAUACAACACUUUUAGGUUCACGCGUCCAAGCCGAUUGCCUUUAAAGUCUACCAUAAAAAUUUUAUCAAGAUAGCUUUACUAUUUUGAGUUAUCUUCUCCCAAAAUAAGGCGAAUGAGAACCUUAGUUUAUUAACAAAAGCGAAGAAAAGAGUUUUGCAUAUUAUAUUCAUAAAUUAUAGAGAACAAUUAAAUAGAACAAUAAAACAAUAGAAUAAGUCAAUCGACCCCU